CAGGCCGUCUCAUUGAACAACUUCAGUUAACCUAUGCAAGUUCUCAUCAAUUCCAACAAAUGUCUAAAGACUUCCAAGCAUGGCUGGACACAAAGAAACAAACACAAGAUCGCUCUCCUCCCAUUUCCACUAAACUAGAAAGCCUUCGGUCUUUCAUUGAGGAUCAGAAAGAGUUUAAGGCAGCGUUGUCUGACCAGAUUGGCUCCUAUGAAAAAAUAAUUUCAGAAGGUGAAAACCUGCUUCAGAAGACUCAAGGGGCAGAAAAAACUGGACUGCAGUCCCAGCUCAACAGGCUCAAAGCUAACUGGGAUGAGCUGCAUAAACAAGUGAAUGAAAGGCAAGAUAAAUUGAAUGAUUGCUUGGAAAAGGCUCUCCGAUACAGAGAACACGUAGAGGUCUUGCAACCCUGGAUAACCAAGUGCCAGAAUAAUUUAGCAGAAAUUAAAAUAGGUAUCGAUCCUGUUGAGAUAGAGGAUUCCAUUGCUCAGGUGAAGAUUUGGCAGAAAGAUUUGGACAAACACCAAGGGAUUGUUGAGCUAUUAAGUAACGCCGCGGACAGUUUUCUUAGCGCCUGUCAAACUGAUAAGGAUAUUAUUGAAGAGGAAAAGAAACUAUUGAUACAGAAGAUGGAUACGAUCACAGAACAGUUACGUAUUAAAGCAGAUACUCUGGAAAAGACGUCUCGGAGAUUAAAAGAGUUUCAAGAAUCAUCCCAGGAGAUUAAGGAGCAGUUGAAGAACACCAAGGAACAAUUAGAAACGCACAAUGCUCUUAAACCUCAGACUUACAGUAAUAAACACUUAACUAUUAUGCAGACUCAGCAGAAAGCCCUUCAGACAUUAAAGUCACAAUUGGAUGUGACGAAAAAGCUUGCCCAAGAUUUGGUAGUGGAUGCUUCUGAUUCAGCAAACGUCUCUGACAUCUUGUUGCAGACAAACUCAUUAGAAGAAGAAUUCAACACGGUCAGCCGGCAGGUUGAGGACGAAUGUUCCUUCCUGGAGACCAAGCUCCAAGGAAUCGGCCAUUUCCAGAAUACUAUUCGAGAGCUGUUUUCCCAAUUUGCAGAGUGUGAUGAUGAGUUGGAUAGCAUGGCUCCUGUGGCCAGGGACCUUGUCACUCUGCGGUGCCAACAAGAGGGCAUCCAAGCUUUCCUCCAGAAAUUGCAGGAGCUGAUCAGCAGAAAUGAAAAUGCAAACAAGGCAUGUAAAGUGAUGCUAGCAAGUGAAGCAGAGGCGUCUCCCGAUCUCGCAGGUAUAAAAAGGGAUUUAGAGGCUCUGAACAAGCAGUGCAACAAAUUACUGGACAGAGCGAAAACCAGGGAAGAGCAGAUCGAAGGGACUAUUCAUCGCGUUGAAGACUUUUACAGCAAACUGAAGGGAUUUGCCAAACUGCUCGAGGAAGCUGAAGAGCACGAAGAGUCCCAAGGCCCUGUUGGAAUGGAAACAGAGAUUAUUAAUCAACAACUGAAAGUAUUUCAGGCGUUUGAGAAAGAAGAGAUUGAACCACUGCAGUUUAAGCAGCAGGAGGUAAAUUGGUUGGGUCAAGGCCUUAUUCAGAGUGCUGCUAAAAAUGCAAGUACUGAUAACCUUGAGCGGGAUCUUGAAGACGUCAAUACAAGGUGGAAAACUCUCAAUAAAAAGGUUGCACAAAGAGCAGCACAGUUGCAAGAAGCCUUGUUGCACUGUGGGAGAUUUCAAGAUGCUGUUGAAUCUAUUCUUAGCUGGUUAAUUGAUACAGAAGAUCUCGUGGCCAAUCAGAAGCCCCCGUCUGCUGAAUUUAAAGUUGUGAAGGCCCAAAUACAGGAACAAAAAACAUCGCCAGUUGGAAGGGAUUUCAACUGUAGCACAGCAGUUCCAUGAAACCUUAGAACCACUGGUUGAAUGGUUAGCAACCACUGAGAAGAAGCUUUCCAAUUCAGAACCCAUUGGCACCCAGGCUUCCAAACUGCAGCAACAGAUUUCUCAGCAUAAAACUUUAGAGGAAGACAUCACCACUCACAAUAAAAAUCUACAGCAAGCCAUUAACAUUGGCCAGGUUUUAAACACGUUGUGCUCCAGGGAAGAUAAAGAGAUGGUUCAAGAGAAAUUAGAGUCUUCAGAAGGCCGAUACGUUGAGGUUGAAGAGAAAAGCAGAAGUAGGGCUGAGCUCCUGAAACAAGCCUAUUGCAAUGCUCAGAUUUUUGGAGAAGAUGAGGUUGGACUGAUGAACUGGUUGAAUGAAGUCCACGAGAAAUUGAGCAAAUUGGGAGUCCAAGACUACAAAACUGAUUUGCUAGAGAAACAGCACGCUGAAAUGCUGUUUGAUCAGGCAGCUAAUAAUGAAUUAGCCUGGGUUGACAAAACGGAAAAGAAACUGAUGUCUCUGGGUGACAUAAGACUUGAGAGGGACCAGACCUUUGCUCAGCUCCAAAUUCAAAAGGGGUUUACCAUGGAAAUUUUGAAACACAAGGAUACAAUAGAAGAACUUGUUUCAUCUGGGGAUGAGAUCAUGAAGACAUGUACAGAGGAGGAGAAACAAAUUAUGAAGAACAAACUGGAGACUCUCCUGCAUAAAUACGAUAUGCUCUGUCAAAUGAACUCCAAGAGAAACCUGCAACUAGAACGGGCGCAGUCUCUAGUGAGCCAGUUUUGGGAGACCUAUGAAGAGAUUUGGCCAUGGCUAACUGAAACCGAGACCAUCAUCUCACAGCUUCCAGCACCAGCUCUUGAAUAUGAAACUCUGAGGCAGCAGCAAGAAGAACAUCGGCAACUGCGAGAGUUGAUUGCCGAGCAUAAGCCUCACAUAGAUAAGAUGAACAAAACUGGACCUCAACUCCUGGAGCUCAGCCCAGAAGAGGGAUUUUUAAUCCAAGAGAAAUAUGUAGCAGCUGAUGCUCUUUACAGUCAAAUUAAAGAAGAUGUCAAAAAGCGGGCCCAAACACUGGAUGAAGCCAUUUCUCAAUCAACUCAGGCUAUGUUUGACUGGGUGGAUAUUGCCGGUAGUAAAUUAACUUCCAUGUCACCAGUUGGAACAGAGCUGGAAACAGUAAAACAGCAAACAGAAGAGCUGAAGCAAUUUAAAAAAGAAGCCUACCAACAGCAAAUAGAAAUGGAACGGCUGAACCAUCAGGCCGAACUGUUGUUGAAGAAAGUCACAGAGGAAAAUGAGAAGCAUACUGUUCAAGAUCCUUUGUGUGAACUCAGGUUGUUAUGGGAAUGCCUAGAGGAUAAAAUCAUUAGCCGCCAGCAUAAACUGGAAGGUGCUUUAUUAGCUUUGGGGCAGUUCCAGCAUGCUCUGGACGAGUUGCUGACAUGGCUGACACAUACUGAAGACCUGCUGAAUGAACAGAGGCCAGUGGGAGGUGACCCCAAAGCUAUUGAAAUUGAGCUGGCCAAACAUCAUGUGUUGCAAAAUGAUGUCUUAGCUCACCAGUCUACUGUGGAAACAGUUAAAAAAGCAGGAAAUGAUCUGAUUCAAUCAAGUGCUGUGGAAGAAGCUAGUAAUCUGCAAAGCAAACUUGAGCUUCUGAAUCAACGAUGGGAAAACGUCUUGGAGAAAACAGAAAAAAGGAAACAGCAGCUAGACAGUGCUUUGAUCCAGGCCCAGGGUUUCCAUGGUGACGUUGAAGACUUACAACAAUGGUUGACAGAAACGGAGCGUCAUCUUUUGGCAUCAAAACCUGUUGGUGGCUUACCAGAGACUGCAAGAGAGCAGCUUAAUACCCAUAUGGAACUUUGUGCUGCCUUUGAAGCUAAGGAGGAAACAUACAGAUGUCUGUUGCAGAAGGGCCUACAGAUGCUUGCAAAAUGCCCAGAGUCUAUGGAAACUAAUGUUGAGCAGGAUAUAAAUAAUCUUAAAGAAAAAUGGGAAUCAGUAAAGACCAAACUUAACGAAAGAAAAGUAUGUCGUAGAAUGAAUAUGAGAAAUUUGUCGGCGCAUUUAGGAAGCUUAAUGUUAGAUUAUUUUCAAUGUAGGAGGUUCCAUGAAGCUUGGAUCAAACUUACUGAAUGGUUGGAUGAUUCAGAAAGGACUUUGGAUGCGGAAUUGGAAAUUGCAAACGAUCCGGACAAAAUUAAAAUGCAGCUUGCCCAGCAUAAGACAAAACAAACUGGAAGAAGCUCUCCUGUUUUCUGGGCAAUUUACCGAUGCCCUUCAGGCUCUCAUAGAUUGGCUUUACAAAGUGGAACCACAGCUGGCCGAAGAUCAGCCCGUGCACGGAGACGUUGAUUUAGUGAUGAAUUUAAUUGAUAGUCACAAAGCAGAGGAAUUCCACUCAGUUGUCCACGUGCUUCUGGAAUGGCUGGCUGAAGCUGAGCAGACCCUGCGUUUCCACGGGAUCCUACCAGAUGAUGAAGAGGCUCUGCGUAUGCUAAUAGAUCAGCACAGAGAAUUCAUGAAGAAACUGGAAGAAAAAAAGAUUGAGCUAAGUAAAGCCACAGGUAUGGGAGAGGCCAUCCUGGCUAUUUGCCAUCCAGAUUCCAUCACUACCAUCAAGCACUGGAUAACCAUCAUCCGAGCAAGAUUUGAAGAG